UUUUCGUGUGCCAUUUCCUUACUCCCGAGAAAGUUCCUUUUUUCUCACACUUUUUUUUUAAUAUUGGAUUAUUUUCAGACAAAAGCAGAAGAAGCAAAGUUCUUCUGUCUGUGUCUGAUUAUACGUUCCGUCUCCACCACCAUGACCAGCUCUUCAUCUCCUUCACGCAAGGCGUUAAGCAAGAUCGCGUGUAAUAGGCUACAGAAAGAGUUAUCAGAGUGGCAAGUCAAUCCUCCCACUGGUUUUAAGCACAAAGUUACUGAUAAUCUCCAAAAAUGGAUAAUAGAGGUAACAGGUGUACCAGGAACGCUCUAUGCGAAUGAAACUUACAAGCUUCAGGUUGAUUUCCCUGAACAUUACCCCAUGGAAGCUCCUCAGGUAGUUUUUGUUCCACCGGCGCCUCUACAUCCGCAUAUUUACAGCAAUGGGCAUAUUUGUUUAGAUAUUCUGUAUGACUCGUGGUCUCCAGCCAUGACGGUUAGUUCAGUAUGCAUCAGCAUUCUCUCUAUGCUAUCGAGUUCACCGGAAAAGCAACGUCCAGCUGAUAAUGACCGAUAUGUGAAGAACUGCAAGAACGGGAGGUCUCCUAAAGAGACAAGAUGGUGGUUCCAUGACGACAAGGCAUGAGAAUGAUUUGACCAAAAACAUCAUAAUAAAAAAAAGAAGAGGUUUUAUAUAAUUUCCCAAGACUGAUAAGUACUAAUUGGAAUUCCUUGUGGCCCCUCAACUCUUUUUUUCUAUCUGUAUGGAUGAUUAUGUAUGAAAGACAUUUGAAAUGUCUCACACCUUGAUUUAACAGUUUAUGCUUUUGUCCUCUCUAAAGCUACCAUUUGCAGCCACUACCCUUUUUUUCCCAAAGCUUCAACCCAUUGUUCAGAUUUGGAUAUAAUUUCAAAAAGAAAAGAAAAACUAGGUUGUAAUAAGAUGGUUAAUCCUGUUCAAAUUUUCAUCAAUCAAAAUCAG